AUGAAUGAAGAAAAUCUUGAUGAUGAUGUUAUUUAUAUUCUUGAUCAAUUAGUCGAACAAAUACAUGAAGAAAAUGAAUAUAUUCAUCAAUGUGAUGAUUGUUCAAUAGUUGAUUCUUGUGUAAAACGUCAAAAUCGACCUGAACGAGGACGAACAAUAACAACAGAUGCAAAUCUUAAUUUAUAUUUAUGUGAUAAUUGUGCAGAAAAACGUCAUCAUGAUGCUCAAAAAGUUUUAGAAGAUUUAGAAUCAUUAGCACAUGAAGUUGAACAACGUUUACAAGCAAUUGAAAAUACAGAAAGAGAAUUAGAUCAAUGGAGAGAUGCACAAUUACAAAAAAAUCGAGAUUUUUGGGAUGAAUAUCGUCGUCAAGUUGAAAAUUUUUCUGCAUGUCGUAUUCGUACAUUACAAUAUGAAUAUACAAUGAGACAAUUGAAAACUCAACGUAUUAUGAAACGUCUUAAACGAGCAAAAUAUAUUGGUGAACAUAUUGAUAAAUUACGUGAUGAAUUAAUUCAUUUAUUUCAACCAUCAUUUGUUGAUUUAAUAUCAUCUGAACAAUUUCAACAUCAAUUUUCAUUAUUUUUAUCGACAAAUGAUGAAAAUUCUACAAGUGAACAACGAAAAGAAUUUUUAGAACAAAUUGAACAAUUAUCAUGUUUAGAUAAAAUAAUUAUACCAGGAGAUCAAUUUGGUAUUGAUGAUGAAAUUAAAGAUGAUAUUGAAGAAUAA